AUGCUCAACAAGAGGGUCAUCGUAUACAUUGAUGAUAUCCUCGUCUACUCUAACACUUUCUCUGAUCAUGUCCAGCACGUCCGCGCCGUCCUCCAGAGACUCGUUGAACAUCAACUUUACGCAAAGCUUGAAAAAUGUGAGUUCCAUCAGACCUCGACUUCUUUCCUGGGAUACGUCAUCAGCGCUGAGGGGGUGGCAAUGGAUGACAACAAGGUCCAGGCAGUGGUGAACUGGCCAUUACCAUCUACCAUCAAGGAACUGCAACACUUCUUGGGUUUCGCCAACUUCUAUCGGCGCUUCAUACGUAACUUCAGUCUGGUCGCCGCCCCACUCACAUCCAUGCUAAAGAAGGGAAAUUCUGGAUUAACCUGGUCAACCGCAGCCUCGGAAGCCUUCCAAAAACUGAAGCAGUUGUUCACUACGGCUCCCAUUCUUCACCAUCCUGACCCCGAACGUGAGUUUAUUGUAGAAGUAGACGCUUCCAACACGGGAACUGGGGCGAUCCAAUCCCAGUGGCAUGGCAGUCCUCCCAUCAUAGCACAGAAACUGCGCUUAAAAUUACAAAUGACUUACUUCUAG